AUGUCCAACUCGCCCAUCUCACCUAUUGAUAUGCGUAUAUUUGAAUGUAGCCAUGCUGGAUGUGGUGCUCUGUUUCCUAGCGAAUACGAUCGUGAACGUCAUGUUCGUAUCGCCCAUCAGAAGAAUGCAACUGUCACGUAUCCCGAUGCAGCAUCUAUAAGCAACUUGCACCAGCACACGAAGGAAUGCUAUGGCGCGGACGACACAACGGUCGUGAUGAAUGUUGACACGUGUGGUAACGACGAUUGUGGUAACGUCUCAGACGAGUUAGCACCAGUUAUGCAACAAGUAAUCAUGAAUGUUGGAUCUUCCAUUGCUCCACCGACUGCAGAUGAAGGAAGGCCCAUCACCAGCGACAACCGCCUUCUAAGCUGGUUUUAUUCUCAUCUCAAGUGGAAUCAUUAUGUCGCCGAUUGGUGCUCUACUGGUGCGACUAUGCAAGACCUGGUCGACCUUAUGAAACCAGUUGAUACAGGCGACGCUAUACUGCAAUACGUUAUAAAGGCCGUGCGAUUGUAA